UUGGACAUCGCUCACAUUCAACCAUGGUUUUGUGGGGCUGUAUCAUAGACUUCUUCACCUAUGAGUCCACCAAGUCUGUGGUGAUCAAGAACUGGUCAGUGGGAAUUAUCAACCGGAUUGUUCAAGUGGCCAUUAUCGCCUAUUUUGUUGGCUAUGUCUUCAUCCAUGAGAAAGCGUACCAGACGAAAGACACAGGCAUAGAGUCUUCAGUCAUGACCAAAGUCAAAGGGUUUGGACGACAUUACGAUCGAAUUAUGGAUGUUGCCGACUAUGUGUUUCCUCAAGAGGGCACAAAUGUGUUCUGUAUAAUGACCAGACUUUAUGUCACAGAGAAUCAGUUCCAAGGAAGAUGCCCAGAUUCAUGGCCGUUCACUUGUACAAUGGAUGAUGACUGUAAGAAGUACUAUGGAUCAGUCUUAUCCAGUGGUGCGAUCACGGGCAAAUGUCUCACAGAGGACAACGAAAGCCCGGGAGUCUGUGAGGUGGAAGGCUGGUGUCCGACUGAAAAUGAAGCUUUUAAAACGAAACCCAUGAUUGACAUCAGAAACUUCACCAUCUUCAUAAAGAACAGUAUUAAUUUUCCUCUUUUUGACGUCACCAGAGGUAACUUUCCAUCAACCAUGACGUCUGAUGAGAUUAAAAACUGUACUUAUCAUCCAGAGAAAAGCCCAUUUUGUCCCAUUUUCAGGGUGGGGGACAUUUUAAAUUAUACAGAACAAACUGUGGAGAAACUCAUAGAAAAGGGAGGAGAAAUUGGAAUAAACAUUGAGUGGAAGUGUAAUCUGGACAUUGAUCUUGACUACUGCGUCCCACUCUAUUCUUUCACAAGACUCGACAAACCCUUUGAGAAGAAUGCCAUAUCUAAAGGGUACAACUUCAGAUUUGCCAGAUAUUAUAAAUCUGACAAUGGCACAGAGUACCGGACCCUCUAUAAAGUGUUUGCGAUUCGUUUUGAUGUCAUGGUCACUGGAAAUGCAGGAAAGUUCGACAUGGUUCCAACGCUCAUAAAUGUGGUGGCUGCUUUGACAUCUGUUGGACUGGGUACAGUUCUCUGUGAUAUUAUUUUGCUCAACUUUCUGAAAGGAGCUGAACAAUACAAAGCCAAAAAAUUUGAAGAGGUUUCACCAGCUCAAAUUGAAGCAUCUUUGACGCCCAGUCCUGACAGCCGACUGUCACUCAAACCAGGAACCAAGAGCUCGUUAGACUCUGGAAUGCCUUCACUUUAAUUUUCAGACCAACGUGUGUGACUGCUUCACUCAUCAAA